AUGGUGCAAACAACAAACCGACAUACUGCCGCGAACUUGAAGGAGGAAAUUUUAAAAUGUCUUGAAGAAUAUAAUAUUCGUAUAAACCAAAUUUAUUCGUAUACCACCGACAAUGCAGCCAGUGUAUUAAAGCUGUCGAGAUUAUUGCAAGGAGUGCAUCACGAUAUUAUAGACAAUGAGAUGGUCGACAUUGACGUUGCCGAGUGCAAUCUGGUUGAAUCGAAUGUCGCGUCGGUUUUUUCCGUUGUGCGUUGCGUAGCACAUGCAAUUCAAUUAGCGGCUGAUGAUGUAAUAAAAACACUCGAAAACGACAUCGAAGAAUGUAGAAUAAUAGCUAAGAAAGUUCGAACCUUAGUGACAUCGGAAAACGAUGAAAUCAGGUUACCAUGCUUAGAUGUCAUAACAAGAUGGAAUUCAACUUACAAUAUGAUAUGCGAAAUUCUUUCGCUUAAAGAAUUCAUUGAAAACUUGGACAAUUAUAACAGCUUUGACAUAAAUUGGAUAUUCAUCCAAAAUUUUGUAAUGGCAUUUGCGCCAUUGGCAAAAUGCACUUUAAAACUUCAAAAGGAACAAUAUAUAUUGGGAGACUUUCUUCGCGAUUGGCUAGCAUGUGAGUUGGAAUUGGAAGAAUUAUCUUCUCUAAACCAAUACGCAGUAGCUCUCCUAAAUGCGAUGAGGAACAGAAAAGAUAUACUUUUGAAGCAUGAUGCCUUUGCAGCCGCAAUAUAUCUUGAUCCGCGCUAUAAUUUCAAUGGUACACCUUUUCUUACUGAAGAUUGUAAGAAACGCGCAAUGGUAUGA